UCAGACAUGCUGCCCGUUCGCAAUGCACUUACUCGUCUUCUUAGUAGGUCCCCUGACCCAGUCAGCGCCUCAUCGAGUGCAGCAUACUCACAGGCGAUGUCGCAGAUAUUGAGGUGCCCAUCAUCUGCGCCCCGAUGUCCGGUGGUGGCGAUGCCAAACUUGCGGUAGAAGCCACCCUUGGUGGUGGAUUUGGCUUCGUGGGAGCCGGGUACUGGACCGCCCAAAAGGUCCAAGACGAACUCGCUUAUGCGCGGACGGCUCUUCAAAGGGCUGGGCGCGUCCGUGCCGACGGGAAGAUCCCCGUCGGUAUCUCCUUCUUCGGCUAUAAGCUCGAUCAGAAUGAGAAAGCGGCGUCGGAGGUGCUCGACGUUGCGCUGGCUGCCAAGGUCCAGGCCAUCUGGCUUUCAUUUGGCGACAACCUUGGCCGUUGGGUCCAGUACCUUCGCAACAAGGACAGCUCCACCCCGAAGACCCAUCUGUUCAUUGUUGCCAGCACAGUGGAAGAGGGAUUGGCCGCCAAGGAAUUGGAGGUAGAUGCUAUCGUAGCACAAGGGAUCGAAAGUGGAGGGCAUGGCAGCAGCCACUCGCCCUCGGUCUUUUCUCUUGUGUCAUCUCUCCUGCCACAGUUUUCUGGGGGCCCUCUGCUUCUUCCAGCAGGCGGCAUCGCGAACGGAGCCCAGAUCGCCUCCUACAUUACUCUUGGCGCCGCCGGAGCGGUUCUUGGCACACGUUUCCUGCUCACACCGGAGAGCCUGUACACCGACAAGCAGAAGGCCGCCCUGCUGGCCGCCACGGCGAGCUCGACGGUGCGCUCGGUCGCGUUCGACCAAGUGCGCAAUACGUUGGGUUGGCCGGCCGGCGUCGACGGGCGCGGGCUGCGGAACCGGCUCGUGCGGGAGUUUGAGGGUGACAUGGACCUUGCGACGAUGCGCGAGCGAUUCGCGGAGAACGUGAAGAGCGGGGGCGAUCCUGAGUAUGCCGUGACCUGGUCUGGCGCGGGCGUGGGCGAGAUGCGCGAGAUCAAGGGUGCCCAGGAACUCAUGCGUCAGCUCCACCGGGAGGUGAUUGAGCGGCUGAGGGCGACGCAGCAGCUUUUGGACGGUCCUGAGGCUCAUCUCUAGACAAGUGUGACUCGAGUAUCUUUGUCACGUCGGGCGAUGUACUGAAUCUGAUACGAUGUCCAAUGACAUCAACGUGCGAAUGGACACCGUACCUGUCAAUGGUGAUAGGUUUCUGCCAGCUAUGGGUGGGAUCCUCGCCGUUAAUAUUGCAUAAUUGGACGCAAUGGUAAUCUACGUUAAUCGCUACCUUCUUCCACGGACUCGUUAAACAAAUAUUAAUCUCCCGU